ACAGGUGCGGCACCUCCUGCGUGGCAGGAUCGCGGCAGGUGUCCGGGAGCGGCGGCAGCAUGGCCCGGGGCCCGCGCUGGCUGCUGAUCGGCUGCGGCUUGUGCCUGGCGCUCGCAGUUAGGAAUGCUACUGCCACAACAACUGCCUCCCAACAAACCACGUCCAGCCAGCACCCAUCCACCACGGCUUCACCAUCGCAGAACCCCGCAACUGCCUCCCAACAAACCACGUCCAGCCAGCACCCAUCCACCACGGCUUCACCAUCGCAGAACUCCACGACUGCCUCCCAACAAACCGCGUCCAGCCAGCACCCAUCCACUAUGGCUUCACCAUCGCAGAACUCCACGACUGCCUCCCGAAACACCUCCCUUUCCACUGCUCCCACUGACAACACCACUGCAUCCACGCUGAACAGAACAACAGCAGCAGCUCCAGCCUCGUCCAGAAACCCAGAAUCUGCUUCCAGCCCUCCCCUGUCCCCGGCCAGCCCCAGUCCCACCAACACCUCAGCUACUCCUGCUGCCAACUCCAGUGAGACGCACUCGACUGAGCAGCCGGGGCCCAACAACGGCACAACAGCCAGUGGCUCAGCGGUGUCCUCCCUGAACAAGCCCGCGCUCUCCCAGAGCCCCGGUCUGGUGGCCGUGAUCUGCAUCUUCGUGGCCUGCCUGCUCAUUGCUGCUGGGGUGGUGGUGGUGAAGCUCUGCCACAGGAGGGAGCCGGCGUUCGAGAAGCUGGACGAGGUGCCAAUGGGGAAGAUGACCGAAGACUCGCCCUUCGCUCGCUACCCUCCAAAAUAACCGGCGCCUUCCCCCGCCGGGAGCUGAGCACAGCCUUGUGUGGGGGGGGAUCUGCACAUCUGUCUUGGCCAGGCUGCAGCAGCAGGGCGCCUCCAGCUCCUCCCGGCCCGGCCCGGUUAAAGCUCCCGUACUGCUCAGGGACGCCGCGUGAAUAAAGAGGCUGCUGGUUCUGCUCAGA